UGUGCCGUCGGCGUCACCUCCCGCUCUUGUUUGUUCCUGGCUUCCUCUUCCACAGUUCGUCAGUUCCACCGUGCCGUAGAGCGGAACAGGUCAGGCCAGGCCACCACCAUCCACCCAAGCUCCCGACGAGGUCGACGGCGAUGGCGUCGGACGGCGAUGGCGGCGGCGACGGCCUCGUCUGCGUGACGGGCGGCAGCGGCUUCAUCGGCUCGUGGCUCGUCCGCCGCCUCCUCGACCGCGGCUACACCGUCCACGCCACCGUCAAGAACCUCCAGGACGAGGGCGAGACGAAGCACCUCCGGGCCCUGGACGGCGCGGGCGCGCGGCUCUGGCUGUUCCAGAUGGACCUCCUCGACCCGGCCUCCGUGCGGCCGGCGGUCGAGGGCGCCCGCGGCGUCUUCCACCUGGCCUCCCCCGUCAUACUGCACCCUACGCAGGACCCCGAGAAGGAGCUGGUGGAGCCUGCGGUGGAGGGCACGCUCGGCGUCCUCCGCGCCGCCAAGGACUGCGGCGUCGGCCGCGUGGUCAUGGUGUCGUCGCAGACGGCCAUGGUGCCCAACCCCAGGUGGCCGGCGGACAAGGUCGUCGACGAGGAUUCCUGGGCCGACGUCGACCUGCUCAAGGAACUCAAGCUUUGGUACAGCGUGUCCAAAACACUGGCAGAGAAGGCUGCGUGGGACUUCGCUGAGAAGCAGGGGUUGCAGCUCGCGGUGCUGAAUCCAGUGCUGGUGUUGGGCCCGACAUUGACGCCGUCGAUUACCGGUAGUCUCCAAGUAUUUCUGCAGAUUAUGAAGGGCCAGAGGUUCGACAUGGACGAGUACUUCCUUGGCUGCGUUGAUGUCCGGGACGUGGCGCAGUCUCUCGUAGCCUUGUAUGAGAGCUCGUCGGCACAGGGACGCCACUUGUGCGUGGAGUCCAUUGAACGGAUGGUUGAUUUCACCAACAAACUUGCCGACCUUUAUCCUGAACUUCCGGUUCAAAAAAUCCAAGAGGACAAACAGGAGUGGGUGGUCAGGGCAAAGGACCCAUCCAAGAAACUGAUCGAAUUGGGUGUUCGUUUCAUUCCAUCCGACAAAAUCAUCAUGGACACUAUGGAUUGCUUUAGGAGCAAAGGACUCAUCUAGCUCUUCAUGUCGAUUUCCUCAUGGAAAAAUAGCCCAUCUAGGUCGAAUGCGAUGGUGGAUCAAAACUGCUGCUGUUAAUUAAAAAAAAGUGCUGCUGUAUGUAAGUUUUCUAGUCGAAAAUAAACUGGCAGGACACAUGAGUAUCUCUC